AUGAAGCGUAGCUUUCGCUCCCAGUGUCCUCUUCUCCUCCUGUUCUUAAUCACCGCCGUCUCCAUUGUGUGGGCCUCUCGGCCCCUGAUGAGCGCGGAGAAAGGUCAGUGAGGACGAUCUGUUUACCACGGAGCGCCGUGGACGCCUCUUUCCCCCUCCUGAUCCUCCUCUCACUCCUAUCACUUUGACAUAUUGCGUUCGAAAUGUGCAGGCAAAGAUGUGGUGAUGGCGAUCGAGUUUUCUCAAGUGGGCUCCUCGAACGCAGAAGACGAUCCAUGGAAUGUGAGAUGGGUCUCCAUUUCUUGAAUAUUUUAUCUACUUUCAUAGAGAAUAACUGCUGCUCGCUCGCUUUCUUCGCAUCUUUCUUGUAUUUGAAUCAUAUGAUCUCCGGUAGCUGAUGGAUGGGGAAGGCUGCGACAAGGAGGAAGAUGGCGAGCCCUCGAAUGGGAGGAUCUUGGCCGACGCUCAUCUGGACUACAUCUAUACGCAGAGCCACACGCCAUAG